AUACACACACUUUCUCUGCAAAAUCCACCAACAAAAAAAAUCAGAAAAAAAUAAUAAAAUAAAUAAAUCAUGUCUUCACUCUCAACUCCAUUAUCACAUUUCUCAGCAUCCAAAAAACCACCAUUUCAAUAUCCUCAAAUCCUUAAAUCUUACUCCUACAAAAAGAAAUCAUGGUGGUUUUCGGGGUUUCGAGAAGACAAACCACCACCACCUAAAAGAGCUAUCUUUUGCAGCUAUGGCAGCAACCAAUUGGAAAUGCCACAUAUCAAGAAUGUAGAACCUCCAUGGAGAAUAUUGCCACCAAUAUCACCUGAAACUAUGUUUAACGGUGACGUAGAAUCGUUUUUAACGAAAUUAUCAAUGGAGACGGUGAACGGUUAUGGGAUUCCAUUAUCUCUAAAGAUCAUUAAAAUGAAGACAAGGUUAACGUCCGAUGUGGCUGAUGUUGUGCCGAUGACUAUACAUUCGUCUAUUGUGAAAUCAAUAUCUUCUGUGCUUCUCAUGGUUGAUGAGCUUCUUAAGACGACGAGCGGGGAAACUGCAAUGGAAAAUCCGAUUACAGUUUCUAGAGAAAUGAGUGAUUCUAUGGUUUUGCUCUUUAAGAAAACUUGCAUGAAAUCUCCAAACCUGUUUCCGUUGGUUAUGAAUCUUGUAGCUGAUUUCAUCGUAAUGUCAUCUGCAAAUGCAGUUUGUGGUGACACAUCCGGUGUACUUAACAGGAAUUCAUUGCCGACUAAGGUAGAUAAGUCUUUAGAAGAUAGCAGUCUUAAUGGGAGGAGAUGUUACUACGAGCGUCUGGUUAACCAGAAUCCGAGUAGUUCAUUGAUACUUGCCAAUUACGCGCAGUUCUUGUACCAAAACAUGAAGGAUAACAACAGAGCUGAAGAAAUGUUCUUGCGUGCGAUGAAAGCAGAGCCAAUUGACGCAGAAGUGUUGAGUCGGUACGCGUUGUUCAUGUGGCAUCAGCGGAACGAUAUUGAUGCUGCUGAAGAGAAUUUACUAGCAGCUAUUGAUGUUGAUCCAAGUACUUACCAUAAGAGUACUUAUGCUUGGUUCUUAUUGAAAACUGGAGGUUCUGAUACUUGUUUUCCUGAGGACUCAUAACCCUUGGUCUGCAAAACUUUUGCAACUUUUGCAAGUUUGUUUAAUGAAAAGGGGCAUUUUCCAUUUUCCAAAUUUUUUGAGUUCUGUAAUUAUUUGGUAAGAUGUAAAAUAUGUAAUUGAAACUAUUGGGGAUGAUCCAAGCUAGCUUAUGAAUAGAUAAGAGGAGGUGAAAAAUUGAAGCCCCAACUUGAAACA